AACCAAGCCAGCCCUUGGCGGUGAUCCUUAAACCAGGACAAUGCAGGAGUCGCGCUGCUUCCCUCUCCUCCUUCCUGACCCAGUGGGGUUUGGGUGAGAUCCAGAGGCAGAGGAGCCGCCACAGUUUCGCCAGAUUUCUCAAAUCCAGCCGCACGUUGAAAUGAAUGUCUUGCAGACUGAAGGAAGCUGAGUGCACUGUCACCAAUAACACGACAUUGAAAGGAACUAAUCCAGCCGUCCUGUCUCCUGUCAGCAUUUGACACCUUCCGUUGCCUGUUGGCCACCUGUACAGGACGUGGUCCCUUAUCAUUCAGCAUACAUGGAGAGGGACAAGGAAGUGUGCAAGCCUGGCUAAUAAGACAGCAACCUUCCUAGCCAGAGUGGGAGGCAUUCCAAUUAUAAGAGGAUUAUUUUGCGUUUCGCCUCCAGGACUUUACCUCUUGCCCUGUGCACUGGACACAGAAAUAGCAUCCACUUCCAUUUUGUUUCUUUUUUUGCUAAAAGUUUCCUCCCAGUAUUUUGUUUCUUCAGUUAGAAAUGGGCCCGUGGACUAGAAUGUGGCCCAUGGACAGGGUUGCUUUCUUUAAAUCAUGGCUUGUGUUUUCCCUGGGGCUCUACAUGCAGUUCUCCAAAGCCUUGGCAUGUCCAAGCGUGUGCCGCUGUGACCGAAACUUUGUCUAUUGUAAUGAACGAAGCUUGACCUCAGUGCCUCUUGGAAUACCGGAGGGUGUAACCGUACUCUACCUCCACAAUAACCAAAUUAAUAAUGCUGGAUUUCCUGCAGAGCUACACAAUGUCCAGUCUGUGCACACAGUCUACCUGUAUGGCAACCAGCUGGAUGAGUUCCCCAUGAAUCUGCCCAAGAAUGUCAGGGUUCUCCACCUGCAGGAAAACAACAUCCAGACCAUUUCUCGGGCUGCUCUGGCACAGCUCUUGAAACUGGAAGAGUUGCACCUGGAUGACAACUCCAUCUCCACUGUAGGGGUUGAGGAUGGGGCGUUCCGGGAAGCUGUCAGCCUCAAGCUUUUAUUCCUGUCCAAGAAUCACUUAAGCAGUGUACCAGUUGGCCUUCCAGUGGACUUACAAGAACUACGAGUUGAUGAAAACCGAAUUGCUAUCAUUUCAGACAUGGCCUUCCAGAAUCUUACAAGCUUGGAGCGUCUCAUAGUGGAUGGCAACCUCCUUACUAAUAAAGGCAUCGCAAAUGGCACCUUCAGCCACCUCUCCAAACUCAAGGAGUUCUCUAUUGUACGAAAUUCACUAACAUACCCUCCCCCCGAUCUCCCAGGUACAAACCUACUUAGGCUUUAUCUACAGGACAACCAGAUAUCACAUAUACCACUUUCAGCCUUUUCCAACCUCCACCAGCUGGAACGACUUGAUAUUUCUAACAAUCAGCUUCGGAUGCUGUCCAAAGGUGUCUUUGACAGCCUUCACAACCUGAAGCAACUCACAGCAAGGAAUAAUCCCUGGCUUUGUGAUUGUAGCAUUAAGUGGGUCACUGAAUGGCUCAAGUCAAUUCCGUCCUCCAUCAAUGUCCGAGGAUUCAUGUGUCAAGGACCCGAACCCGUCAGAGGUAUGGCUGUCAGGGAGCUCAAUAUGAAUAUAUUGUCGUGCCCCACAACCACCCCCAACUUGCCAUUUAUCACCCCAACUCCCACAACAUCAGUGCCAACCACAUUGACCCUAACUUCACUAUAUGUAACCCCAGGUAACAAAUCCACUCCUCUGGCCCCCACUGUUGCCGCCCUCCCCACUGUGCCUGAGAGGGAUGAUGGAGAGAAAAUGACCCCUCCCUUUUUGGAACGGUUUCAGCUGUUUAUCCACAUUGUGAAUGAUACCUGCAUCCGAGUCAGCUGGCAUUCCCCCUUUAAUGUGAUGUCCUACAAACUCACCUGGGUUAAAAUGGGCCACAGUCUGGAAGGCGGCAUCAUUCAGGAACGGAUAGUUAGUGACAAGAGGCAAAACAUCAGCUUGACCAACCUGGCACCCAAAUCUACAUACCGGAUUUGCCUGGUGCCCUUGGAUGAUUUUAAUAAUUACCGUGUUGGUGAGGACACUGUCUGUUCGGAAGGCACCACGAAGGCUUCUCUUAUAAGUAACACGGCCUCCAGCCACGAGCAGACAACGUCUCAUAACAUUGAUUCCCCGUUCCUGUUGGCAAGCUUGAUUGGGGGGGCAGUGGUGUUUGUGCUGGUGGUUCUGCUGAGCGUCUUCUGCUGGCACAUGCACAAAAAGGGGCGCUACACCUCUCAGAAGUGGAAAUACAACCGGGGCCGACGGAAAGAUGACUACUGUGAGGCGGGGACCAAGAAGGACAACUCCAUCCUGGAGAUGACAGAAACCAGCUUUCAGAUCGUCUCCUUAAAUAAUGAUCAGCUCCUUAAAGGAGAUUUCAGACUGCAGCCCAUUUAUACCCCAAAUGGGGGUGUUAACUACACAGACUGCCACAUCCCCAAUAACAUGCGGUAUUGCAACAGCAGUGUCUCAGACCUAGAGCACUGUCACACGUGAUAGUGAGGGGCUGUGGCCAGGCACCUACAACCAGGAGCAAAAACUCAGAGGGCUGAAACAAGUGAAGCCCACUCUCUCACACACAGAAGCAAGGCAAAGCAAAAUUACAUUUGAUAAAUGUUACACAGAUGCGUUUGUGCAUUUGAAUACUCUGUAAUUUAUAUGGUGUACUAUAUAAUGGGAUUUAAAAAAAGUGCUAUCUUUUCUAUUUCAAGUUAAUUGCAAACAGUUUUGUAACUUUUUGCUUUUUAAAUCUUUAAAAAAAAUAUUGCUGAAGUACUGUACAGGGUCGUACAAUAAGAACCCAAUGCCAUGGCAAAGGAAAGAACGCUUCAUUCUUCGAACAUUAACCAUUUUGAUUUUGGAGCUGUUUGGGGGAUAUUGGCUCAUGCAUCUUCCACUAGUUUAGGAGAUAAGUUUGUACUAGAAGAGGAAUAACUAGUAAUGCUGAUCAAAGAACCGGAGGGAGGGAGACAAAUUAAGAACCCCUGUGGUUCAUAAAAUUGGAGUAACUCGUGGUAAAACUUCAUUGGUCACUUUUACUUGGCUUGGUAGUUUUGGUUCCAUUGCAAAGGGAACACUGGGGCCUUCCUUGUGUCAAACAAUAUGCCUUUCUACAAUACGUGAACAUUUUGAAGAUAUUCUUCACAUAACUAUCCCUUCUCAUAAAAGCUGGGAUGGAAAUAUCCAAGGCAAAGAGUCAAUUUUUAUGUUGCAUCAAAGUUGAAACAUUUAAAAUGUUUCUGACCAGAUUUAUCAAAUUUCUUCAUCUACAUAUAGCUAUUUUCUUCUGUUUUAUCCUAAAACAUAUUUCUUUAGUCUAGUUUUCCCCAGCCAGGUGCACUUCGGACGCAAACUUUGCCACAAGAGCCUCUGAAGGUAAUAAAUGCUACUCAUUUUAGCAAUCCAAGCAGAUUUGAUUCAUUGGUCACAAUAGGAAGCAAUACCUAUCAACAAUCCACAUGAAGUAUAAUCCAGAAGACAUUACGGUCAAGAGAAAUUAUUUCCUUUCCCCUUUAUUAGUUUUAUCUUUAUCCCUGGCUUUGUUAGUUGCACAUUCUUCAUGAAGGAGAAGGUGAGCCCUGUGGGGCAUUAGAGAAAAUAAACCCUUUUGCAUAAAUCAUACUGAAGUGUUCCGGGGAGGUAAAUCCAACAUGUCUAAGUUAAUUUUUAGAUGGGCAGAAGAUGAUACGUGUCUGGAAGAAAGAACUGGUUCAAAAGAAUUGUAGAAUUUGUGGGCCUUGAGUUACCGUAAGUCCAUCCUGCAUCUUUUGACAGUCCCACUUACCUUUGUAGAACAAAGACUUGCAUUUGGUGUUGGGGACACAAGAAUGCUCCUGCUUUUGUCUGAUUCAUGUGAAAAGUUUGUUUAAUUUUGUACCUUUGCGAGUGACACCUGGGGAAUGUAUGCUGUACAGCCUGUAUUAAAACGAAGAAACCCCCAUCACUUUCUCCUUAAUUAUAGAGGAGCCUGUAUUGGAGCAGCAAUGAUGUAGCGUACCAGCUGACUAUGGAAAAAGCGGUUGCAAUUCUUACUGCUGUGCAAGGGUCUAUGGAUGGUAGGCUGAAGAACAUUUUCCCCCUGCAGGUUGGUUCUGCACAUGGGUGGGGGAAAAACGCUUCUUGGGUUCAUGUGUGCAUGUUCCAUCACCACAUAUAUACUAGCCUCUGAAACUACGUCAGUGGGAAAAGAGGACUUCCACACCUACCAGGGUCUAAAGGACUCUCAUCUAAUAUUACUGCUUGCUUUAAGUCCUGCAUCUCCCAUUCCACCUUUACUUUCCUAAUUCAGCUACUUAUCCCCCAUCCCCUUAGGCUUCAGCACACCCACAUGAUCUCCAAAUGCAUGGGAACAGAACUUUCGGAGAUCAGGCAGCAAAGAAAUGCACAUUUUAAAACAAGUUCACAAAUAUUAAUUCCUUUUGUGGACUUAACAGGGGGAGUGAUAUAAAAACUGCUUUCCUGACAUUGAAAAGAGCCCACACAAGUCGUUGACUCAAUAACACUACCUUUAAUUAAAGGCUAACAAAGAUCACUUUUGAGCAACAAGGAUUACUUAAGGUGUUGAGCAUAGGAAGGGGGUGCUCCUUAGUUUACUUGUUCACUUUAUUUCUUAGUCAUCCUAAAACCCAGUCCCAUGCACACAGAUUCUUCAAUGGCUUGGCAACAUUCAUCCCCACCCAGAGGAGAUGGAUAAGCACUUUGGGGUGUAUGAUGGCAGAGUACAAUCAUUUCCUAAAGAAUUAUGUCCUUUCCCACCCAAUGCCUUUUAUAACCACAUUUUGGAUUUCCAUUCUAUAUUCUGUAUAUUUGCUAUUUUCUCCAGCUAUAACAGGUAUUUUAGGCAACCUGUGUGGCUACUGUAAUAGUGAAGUCACUGAACCUUUGCUAAAUAAAAGGCUGCCGUAUGGUUUGAAAUGGUGUAAUUUUAGCUAGAUACCUUUAUGAAGAGUGUUGUUCCUUUGUUUUUGUUUUUUUGUUUUUUGUGUUUUUUAUUUUUUGAUUAUGCAAGCUGCCUGUUCAGAAAGCGAAGCUUUUUGUAAGGUUUACAGCUACAUGAAUCCCCAUCAUGCCAAGAAAUAGAACACAUACAUACCUAUAUGUAAAAAGUCAAUCGGUACAUGUUUUUCUCCCUAUCUCAUUAUACCAGAACUUGGGGUCAUCCAGUGAAGUUGAAUGAUGGGAGACCCUGGACAGACCAAAGGAAGCACUUCCUCACAGUGCAUAGACAGAAGAAGUUGCUGCCACAAAAUAUGGUGACAGCCACCAACUAAGUUAUUUUUAGAAGGGGAUUAGAUGCUAUCAUGUUCUUUCCAGAAUAAGACAGAAUGCCUUUACGUACCUGUUGCUGGGAAACCAAUGUAGGAGAGAGCUGUCACACUUACAAACCGCUGCUCCUGGGCUUGCUAUAGGCAUCUGGCUGGCAGAAAACAAGAUGCGGGACCAGUAGGCAGGCUUUGGCCUAGUCAACCUCUUAGGUUUUUACAUAUCAGGAGCAUACUGCAGAAAACACCUAGGUACACAACAAU